CAGCAUUUCAGAUGAAAGAUAUGUCAAAGUUUCAUCGAUGUCAAAUAUUAUGUAAAUAACUUUGUUUUAGCUAAUUUAGUUGUUGAAUGAAAUUUUCUAGUUGAAUAUUUAUAUUAUUGUAGCAGCAAUAGAAUCACUAUGGGUGGCUGGGUGCUAGAAGUCGGUAAGAUGGCCAUGUACAUGACCUUUCCGGUGGCGAUGUUCCACUGGUUUAACCAGCCGGCAUAUUUCGAAAGUUGGGUGACUGAAACGAAGCGGCAGAUAUUUCCACCGGAAAACGAAAAGCAUCGCGAAGCGGUGGAGAACUGUAUUCGUUCGAUACGUGAACAGAAAGACCGUGAGUUGUGGCAGGCUCUGGAGGAUCUUGAGAAGCGCGAGAAGAAAUAGUCAUUUCCUAUACGGUUUAAUGUGAUUUUGGUGUGUAAAUAUAUGAUAAUGCUAGUUUAGUAGCCGAUUUCAUUGGA